AUGUACACGCUGGCGCCGGAGUUCAGGGCGUUGAUCACCAUCUUGCGGUCGGUGGGGCCUGUGAUCUCCACGCGCCGGUCCAGGAAGUCGGCGGGCAGGGGGCCCACGCGCCAAUCGCCGUCCCGCACCUACGAGGGGGUUAUGAUAGGUGGGGGUAGUUGGUAA